AUGCUGGGAAGGGGAGGUACCUCCAGCACCGGCGGGCAGGGCGCCAAUGCCAUGGACCGGGGAUACAGCCAGAUGUUACCCCGAACUGGGCCAGUCCAAAGCCAACCCAAAGGAUCAUCAAGAGGGCUACUCGUAAAGCCCCUGGGCGGUGGAGGGAUGCCCACCAAGCGGGAUUUUAGUUGCUUCGGGGGAUUCGAACUCUCGUCCAUGGGUGAAGCUAGAAUUUUCCUCCGGAUCCUUGACCACUUGUACCAACCCGAGUUGGCUAUAUCAGGAUUUCUGCUGCGUCCUUUCUGCAACAAAAAUAAAUGCGCGUGCCACUCGGUAUUACGAAUAUCCGCUUCGGUCCGUCGCGCAAGUCUCGACCGAGACGAAAGAUACGAGUUGGAAGCAGAAUUAUUCGGAUAUUUGGAAUUUGGAUGCGUAGCCAUAAAGUCAAAUGCAUGUCCCACUAUCACUCAGUUUCUUAACCAUCAUUUUCUGGGACUGGCUUAUUGUUUUUUUAAGUACACGAAUCGGGAUCGAUCCAAUUCCGCUGGCCCCAGGCUCCAGUCUGUUCAGCAGAGAUUGCUCCAACCUUCACACCUAACCACAGGUGAGCAUCUCUGGGCGGUAUCUGUUGAGCUAAUUGGGUUGCCUGAUAUGAUCCUGUUGUUUUUGCUACUACUUGUGAUUUUUGAUUCUUAUGCCACAGCAGAAACUGAAAGCCUGCCAAAGAGAAGAACUGCUCCACUUAGGAAUGCAGAGGGCACAAUUAUAGAUGGUGCAGGAACUGUGGAUGUCUUUGGAUCUGAUGGAACUUUGAAUGGACAGGGUGAAAGGAAGAUUGGAAAUGGCAGAGUCUCUGUGUCCACAGUUGCAUUUUUCACAUUGGCCAUGGCUGCUGCUACUGGUUUGGGUGCAGUACCAUUCUUCUUUGUGGAACUUGAUCCCCAGUGGGCUGGUAUAUGUAAUGGGAUGGCUGCCGGGGUGAUGUUGGCAGCAAGCUUUGACCUCAUUCAAGAAGGGCAAGAGUAUGGCAGUGGCAAUUGGGUUGUGUUGGGAUUUUGUCAGUUUCUGGAGCAAUAUGGUGAAGUAAGUAUGUUGGACAUUAAAGGAGCAGAUGCAGCUAAAGUCAUUCUUGUUGUGGGAAUAAUGACCCUUCAUUCCUUUGGGGAGGGUUCUGGUGUUGGGGUGUCCUUUGCUGGCUCAAAAGGUUUAUCUCAGGGCCUUUUGGUUACUUUAGCUAUUGCUGUUCAUAACAUACCGGAGGGGUUAGCAGUUAGUAUGGUCCUUGCAUCAAGGGGGGUUUCUCCAAACAAUGCUAUGUUGUGGAGUGUAAUUACAUCAUUGCCCCAGCCCAUUGUAGCCGUUCCUUCAUUUAUGUGUGCAGAUGCAUUUAAAACAUUCCUUCCAUUUUGUACUGGCUUUGCUGCUGGGUGUAUGAUUUGGAUGGUCAUUGCGGAGGUUCUUCCUGAUGGAUUCAAGGAGGCCUCUCCAUCUCAUGUUGCAUCAGCAGCAACACUUUCAGUUGCCUUCAUGGAAGCUCUUGGCACUUUGUUCCAAAAUUUCAGCCGAAGUUAUGAGGGCCUGGCGACCCUGCAGCUGCUCCUCUCUUCAAAAAUGGGUUUCUUCCCCCUCCUGCUGCUUUUUGCACUGGGUUCUUUAUUUGCCCACAUUUCAACUAGAAGUGCUCUGAAGCUCAUAAAUAAGAAAAGAACUUCAGCUGAUACCUUAUCUGCUAUAACUGGAUUCUCUGUAAGCGCCCUUACUUUUCAAUCUGUUUUGUCUUGUGUGGCUGUUGCUCUUCAUGCUGUAGCAGAGGGGCUUGCAUUAGGAGUGGCUGCACCUAAAGCCUAUGGGCUUGGACGGCAUAUGGUUCUCCCAGUCUCUCUUCAUGGUCUUCCUCGGGGUGCUGCUGUGGCAAGCUGCAUCUUUGGGGCCACAGAUAGCUGGUAUGGAUCUCUUGCAGCUGCUUUACUUAUCGGAUCCGUGGGCCCCACAUCUGCAAUAGGAGCUAUACUUGCGGGAAUUGACUACAGUGGUCUGGACCAUUUGAUGGUACUUGCAUGUGGAGGAUUAAUCCCAUGUUUUGGAAGCUUAGUUAGGAGAGCAAUGAAGUUGGAAGCACGGAAGGCCAGCUUUGGCCUCGUGAUGGGCAUGGUCUUUGCUACCGUGUGCCUCACGUGUACUAAAUUGGUUUGCUUGCACACUCCUUACUGCAACUCUGCUCCAGAGGCUGUGAGAUGA